AAUUGGUAGAGGAUCAGAUGAACCAAGUUCUAAAAGUUUCUGUGAAGAAGAAUAUAAUUUAACAACCAUGGUGUCAAUAGGGGAAAUGGUACACAAGGGAUUCAUCAUGACACUGUGCAUGCUGGUGGCGUUCCAUGACUUAGCCGAUGCUGCACGAAACAGGAACAAACCGAGGAGAAACAGACUCAACAAACAAUUCAAAAGGCAGAGAAACUCGGAAUCAAACUCGGACAGGAUGGAAGGACGACAAACAGACAAUUGCGCUGACCUGAACAAGAAGGUGUUGAAGUUGAAAUAUGACAGAGAAGUUGACUCGAAUAGUUCAGCCAGUUUUGUGAUGUGGCCUACGCCCGCACGGCCCAUCAGACACGGAAUUGCUUUCCCCUCACCUACACCCGCAAGGAUGAGCACGUGCCCCAGUUUGCCUCUGGAACAAAACAUGGACGGUGACAGGUGGCCAAGAAUAAUCAUGGUGGCAAGGUGUGAAUGCGAAAAUUGCUACCUUGGAUCUAGAGCCCAGAGAAGUAUACCCCAGACCAACGAUGACGAAGACGAUAACUGCCCCGCCGAUGAGACCCCCAACCCAGCCGGCUACUGUCGGCCGAUCGAAAGGGACAUCGCCGUCCUGAGGAAAUCGGGUUGCGCAGGUGAUUUUGCGCAAUACACAUGGGGGACGGAGAGGGUAACUGUUGGAUGCGAAUGUGUGAUUGGGCCUAGGCCCGAAUAAGUAUUUCCACCCGUAAAUACAAAUAUCAGAUAUGAAUUCCAAUGUUUGAGAUUUCUCCGGAAAUUUUCCCAAAAACUUUUGAUGAAACCGACCGUUUCAAAACGAGAUAUUGUUUUACUGAACGUCUCUGUUGUCGUAUUGGGAAAUUGUUUACUGAAAUGCUUUUUAUUAAAAUAUUGAUAUAUUUUAUUAAAUAUAUUUAUAUAGUCUUUCACUGAAAGAUAGAAUCGCAGUACUAAGCACACC